UUAUGCACACUUGAGUUUGAGAUUCGCCGCACGUCAUACUAUUGGUUAUUAGCAGCACUGGAGCUUUACCAGCCUUAUGUGUGGGAAUAUUCACGGUUAAAUAUAUCGAAUGCUGUUAUGUCUAAGCGCAAGUUGAACCGUCUUGUGAUGGAUGGGUCGAUGGCUGGGAUGACCCUCGUUUAAUGACAUUAGCUGGAUUACGCCGUCGAGGAGUAUCUUCAACUGCCAUCAAUAAUUUCAUACGAGGAUUAGGAAUAACGAGAAGUGAUAAUAGCUUGAUUUCUUUGGAGCGCCUUGAAUAUUACAUAAGGGAAGAGCUCCAUGAAACAGCACCUCGUGCAAUGGUUGUAUUGCAUCCUCUUAAGGUGGUUAUAACAAAUCUAGAUAAGGAGUCAUGCAUAGAACUUGAGGCAAAGAUGAGGCCUGAUAAAGAUGACACUUCUUCCUACAAGGUCCCAUUCACAAAUGUGAUUUAUAUUGAAAGAUCUGAUUUCCGCAUUAAGGAUUCCAAGGACUAUUAUGGUCUUGCUCCUGGUAAAUCAGUUCUUCUGAGGUAUGCCUUUCCCAUAAAGUGUACAAAUGUCAUUUAUGAGAAGGAUACAGAGAACAUUAUUGAAAUCCAUGCUGAAUAUGAUCCAGAAAGAAAGGGAAAACCGAAGGGUGUUCUCCAUUGGGUUGCUCAGCCUUCUUCAGGUGAUGAACCUCUCAAGGUGGAAGUGAGGUUAUUUGAGAAAUUAUUCCUCUCACAGAAUCCUGUUGAGUUGGAGGACUGGUUGUCAGAUUUUAAUCCACAUUCUAAGGAAGUGAUACAAAAUGCAUAUGCUGUACCUGUCCUAGGCAAUGCUGUAACAGGUGACAAGUUUCAAUUUGAAAGGCUUGGAUAUUUUGCUGUUGAUCCAGACUCCGGAUCUGAAAAGCUGAUCUUUAACAGGAUUGUCACCUUGAAGGAUUCUAAUCUAAAGCAAGGAAAGAAAUAAGUUAAUCCAACUUUCAGAAUUCAUCUCACUAGAAAACUGAUGUUUGUUGAAAAAUGUAAAAUAUCCCAAGUUAUCUAUCUGUUUAAGCUAUUCCACGCAAUUUUUUUGUAAUAUUUGUAUUCUCCUCCAAAUUAGACUUCCCUAUAAGUUUGUUAUAAAAUUACCAUACCAUUUUGUAGUAUUUAUCUA